UUUUUGGACAGAUGACGCGGCGCACGCGCACAACGCCCCCACCCACACCACCCUUUUUGUCCGUUUUCUCGGCGGUUUUGCAAUGAUUUAGCCAAAAAACAACGAAAACUGCAACAAUGAAAGGUUAUGGGUCGCCGACGGAGCAUCCCCCACCGAUUAUCAUGCGUAGUAAUUGACUGAAACGCACCAAAACUCGCCAAAAUAGGCAAAAAACGCAAGUUUAGUGCCAGGACUGCGAUGACGCGCCCCCCGAAUGAGCAAACCCCGACUGUGAAGCUCGUGGUCGUGGGGGACGGAGGCGUGGGGAAGAGCGCCAUCACCAUUCAGUUUUUCCAAAGGCUGUUUGUGACGGACUACGACCCCACGAUCGAAGACAGUUAUUUGCAGCAUGUGGAGGUGGACGGGCAGUGCUGCAUUUUGGAUGUGCUUGACACAGCGGGGCAGGAGGAGUUCAGCGCAAUGCGGGAGCAGUACAUGAGGAAAGGGGACGGUUUUCUGUUGGUUUACUCGGUCACUGAUAAGAACAGUUACGAGAACAUUGUGAAUUUCCACACUCAGAUUCUGAGGGUUAAAGACAGGGACACAUAUCCGAUGUUGUUGGUCGCUAAUAAGGUGGAUUUGGUGCAUUUGAGGAAAAUCACAGAGGAGCAAGGGCGGGAGUUGGCGCAUAAAUUGGGGAUUCCGUACAUUGAGACGAGCGCCAAAGACCCCCCAGUCAACAUAGACGCCACUUUCCACGAGGUUGUGCGCAUUAUAAGGAAUCAGCCGCAGCCCGACCACGAGAAGCAAAAGCGGCGGAAGCUCAGCAAGCUUGGAAAAUGUAUUAUUAUUUAAUUUGCUUUUCUCUAUGUUAACAGGCCUAUUAAUUGUAUCCUAUAGCUUUAAAGUCAAGUGUUCAAUGUUACGUGUCAUAGAUUAUUGUAUUCUCUGUAUGAUGAGUCCAAGGCAAACUACAUCAUGUUUCAAGAGGACCAAAAACUGCUCAUUUUGCUUAAAAUUGGCUCCCGAUGGUACGAAAAACACGGCACUAAUUUAUUUCAGACCUUCAAAACGACAUUGUGAUAUUUUCGAUUUUUAUACAUAUGUUUAGAGGGAUGAAAACAGUAGUCUUGUUGACUUGUAUUAUAACCCGCUCAUGUUUUAUUUGAUAACCGAUUUAGCUAUUUUUUAAUACUAGGCGUUAAUCUAGAGUUUCAGCACGGGCUUCAAGUAUUAGCCAAAGAAACGUACAGUUGUUAGGUCAAACAAUUGAAUGACUCAGUUUUAUUUACCAAAGUUAUUUUAGUAGAGAUAGCUUAAACUCUAGAUUACAAUAUGUUUUUGACACUUUAUUACGAAUGUAAUCUUUUGUGUACGAUGUGUUAAUAAAAUUUAUUUGAAUGGAA